AUGGAGGCGAGGCCGGAGCUCAUAGGAGAUGAGGAGGCAACGGGAGCGGCGAUGCUAUUCUACGAGCGGGCCCAUUUCCGGCACGACCCGCGCUGGCUGCUGCCCCAGCCGCCGCGCCUCUGCCUGGCUUGCACCGUGGAGCUGCUGCAGCCCACGAGCGGCGCCUCGCUGGUGCGCAAGAAGCACAUGUUAUCCUGCUUCCACGAUGCCCUCACGAAGCACGCCACGUCAGUCACUCAGGUCUUGGCUCAGAACGAGACAGUCUGCACCCACCUCAUAGGCAUCCUCUUUGGGCUUCUGCGUAACAUAAAGGAUGGCAGCAUACUGGACCUCUCCAUGGAAGUCCUUAUUCAGCUUAUUGUACAACUGAAGCUGGGACCGUUCGUCCACUAUUUGCUGGAAGAGUGCCAGAAGGAGCUGUGUAACAUGCCUACCAUGAGGGACAGCCUGGCCACAAUGACCCUCCUGGGCAAAAUGGUGGAUUCCAUCCCUUCCCUUGCCGAGAUUCUCGUGAUAGAACAUGGUAGCCUCCUUGAGCAUCAGUUGAAGGGUCUGAUGUACCCCAAUGAGGCAGUGAAGGCCGCAGUCUGCUAUCUGUAUGGGAAGCUGUAUUCCUCUCCCAUUGUUGCGGAGAAACUGUCGGGCCAUUUCAGGGAGAAGCUGUGUUCCCUCUUCCUUACCACACUGGACAACGCCCAGACAAAAGAGCUGCAGAUUAACUGCAUGGGUUUACUGAGACAACUACUGAAAUAUGACCUCUUUGUAUCGAUUAUAAUGAGCAAAUCAGGGAUGGCAGGGAGUUCUGAAAAUGCUGAGGUUCCACAAGAGGAAACUACUCUGCCCUUAGUGCUUAAAAAGCUGCUGCUGUCCCGAGAUGAGACCUUGCAGGUGGCCAGCGUCCACUGCAUGGCGGCCAUGCUGAUGCGCUCCCCUGCCAAGUACGCCCCGGCCUUCAUCCACGCAGACGUUCCAGAGUUCCUGUUCGAGCACCUCUCGUGCAGCAGCGAGGUCCUCCUCUGCCCCGUGUACAGCUGCCUGCUGCUUCUGACCGAGGAGCGCCUCUUCUUUUCCAAGUGUCACACCGUCUAUGGAAUCGAGUCUCUGGUGCGGAGCCUGAAGAGGAUCCUGCAGCUGAACAACCCGGAGCUCCUCAAGCAGGGUCUGCUGCUCUUCUCGGAAAUUCUGAAGCGGCAGCCAGAAGAGAUCAAGCUUUUUACAAACUCGGCCACCUGCAAGGACGCGGGGGCGGUUCUGCAGGAGGCCGUCAGGAGCCCGGUGCUGGAGGUCAUGGCCGAGGCGGUCGGGGCCGCCGCAGCUUUCUUCAGGAAGGACCACCUGGGUUCGCCGCCAGUGCCGUACGGAGAGCUUCAGGCCUUGGUCCAAGCCCUGCUGGACCGCUGUGCCGACCUGUUGCCGCCCGCGAGCCAGAGGGCUCUCUUUAGCCGAGACCUGGCUCUCGUGGGGGGCUACCCCUCGAGUGGAGGGCCCGGCAGAGCCUCUCAGCAGCAGGGAGAGAUCCUUCGGGCUUCCCUCGAGGCCUUCCGGAAUGCCUGCAGACUGGCCAUGGAGUUUCGGGAUGAGCCCUCAGCCCGGGAGAACCCCUUCACGGCCCCUAGCACCGAGAAGGAAGGCACGCUGGAGAGUUUCUCUGAGUUCCUGCUGAGCGCCUGCGACUCCCUCUGCAUCCCCACCGUGAUGAGGCAUCCUGAGCAGACCACUCAUCCCGCUCUGAUGGAGAUUUUCUUCUCAGUCCUCAACAGCUUGUUCAUCAUUGUGCCCCACAUGAAGGAGAAAUUCUCCAAGAAGCUGGCUUCCUCCUCCUUCAUCAGACUGACUCUGGAGCUGAAGGUCCGAUUCUGUGGUGGACAGAGAAACCCAGCCCUGAAUCAUGCUUGUUCCAACUUCCUCUACUCCCUGUGCCUCAACCUCUUAUCUUCGGAGGAGACAGGAGCGGCAGCCAGAGAGGGGCUCUCCAACAUCCUUCAGCGCAGCCUGCCCCACAUAAACUUAGGAAGCUCUGAAAUCCUCUGGUUCCUCUCUGACUCUCUGUUUGUGGACGAAGCCACUCGGCAGCGCCAGUUCUGCUUCCUUCUCCUCCUCUACUUUGCUUAUAUCCACGAAGACCGGUUCCUUCCUGAGGCAGAGUUAUUCUCAGCCGUGAAGAGCUUCCUCCUGUCGAUCCAGGACCAGGGCGAGUGUCCUCCUGCUGCAGUUUUCCGAGCAGCCCUUUAUCUCCUUGUGAUCUGUCAGGACAAAGGGGAGCCUUUAGAGAAGGCUUCCCUAAGCGCCAUCAGGAAGACGCUGGAGAGCAUCCCGGACCUCAGCCAGGUCUACAGCCACCAUCCCUGCACACUCAGGUUCUUCCUGACGUACCCAGACUUACUGAGCAGGUUUGGCCACCGUGUGCUGGAGCUUUGGCUGACCUGGGAGGACAGGGGGAACAAGGAAACCGAGGACCCGGCCUCUCCCGCACCUGCCAGGCCCCCCGCUCUUCCCCACAGCUGGGGCCCCCUGCUGCACAUCCUGAAAAGUAGUUCCAGUGUCCUGCUCAUUUUGCUGGACCUUGUCUACACCAGUCCUAUAGACGUAGCCCAAAAAGUGCUGAAAGUCCUGAGGAUCUUCCUCGAGGAAAAUGAAGACAUUCAGGUGGGGAGCCUCCUCCGGGGACAUUUCCUACAGAUCCUGCAGCAGCUGCUGGUGGAGAGCGGAGCUUCCCUCCUGCAAGCCAGCAGUAACCUGCCCCUCUUGCUCAGCCUGCUUUUCCUGGUGCAGCCAAAGAAUGAGGCUCAGAAGGAACUGGACAGCACAGACCUGAAGCUGCUUCACCAGGUGAGCAACCUGUGUGGGAGGUGCAGCCUGGACGAUGUGGAGAUGCUGCAGCCUGCCUUCAACUUCCUCUACUGGAAUCUCCACCAGACCACCCCCAGCAGCCGGAAACGAGCGGUGGCUGUGAUUCUCUCCAGCACCCCUCUCCUCACGCUGCUGCAGAAGAUUCUGGGGCUCACCUGGAAGGAGCCGGCCCUUGGCCCUGUGCUCCCGGGCCCCUCCAUGAAGGAGACAGCCCUCCUCUGCUCAGGCUGGCUGCUCACGGCCUCUCUCUCUGCUCAGCAGCACCUUGGAGGGUUGGAGGUCCACCAGAAGCUCACGGUAGAACUGAACAAAGUCCUGCACACCCUUACUUUCAGCAAGCGGAAAGCCGCCUUGUUCUCAGUCAGCAUCCUGAGGUUCCUGCGGACGGCGCUGGAACAGAACUUCUCCUCAGCCCUGGUGACCCUGGUCAGCCCAGACUCAGGAUGGUCGCCCUCUUGGGAGGAUUCCACCCUCUCCCCACUGUCCCUUUACCAGGUUCUGUCUCUCGUGAUCAGCCUUCAGAACCUUCUGGUGCAGAAGGACCUGCUGCUGACCCAGGCUGUGGUUGGCUGCCUAGAGGCCCUGUUGGACUUCCUGCAAACCAGGAGCCCAGACGUAGCCCUGCACGUGGCCUCCCAGCCCUGGAACCGGUUCCUGCUGUUCACUCUCUUGGAUGCUGGAAACAACUCCUUCCUUAAUCCAGAGAUCCUGAGGCUCAUGACCCUGUUUGUGGGCAGCAGCAGCAUCCUGGGAGAGGACGACAUCAGCUACGUUCUGCAAGAGACGGCCAAGGUCAACUUCUCGGAGCUCUCCACGGCCACGCUCCGGGCUCUGUCCAGCUUCCUGCUGCAGGUUCAGAGUAAGGGCGCUCUGUCCAACACAGCCUCGGCGAUGGCAGUGCAGACCCUGCUGGAGACUCUGUCGGGAAGAACCUCGCCCCCCCUGCACCAUCAGGAUUUGGUAUGCCUGGGAGGGGUGGCCGUGUCCUACUCCCACAUCCAAGACUGAGCCGGAGCCGAGGGAAGGAGCCGGCCUCCAGCGCCGGGAGAGCCGGGGAGCGAUGGGCUGCUUGUGCUGUGCCUGGUGGCAGUCGGGAAAUAAAGAUGGGCUGUUCUCUUC